AUGGUAUCAAUUUUAGGGAUUGUAUUUGCUUCUUUCAUCUCCUACGCUAUUGCUUAUUGUUCUGCUAGUACCUCAUUCAAUAUUGGAGGCAUUGAAUAUAAUUAUGAUAGUAUAAGAGAAGUUUCUCCAGGCUUUUUUGAGUCGAUACCAGACGCAGACACGUCCAGAAGGCUGGCCAAUUUAUCUCAAGAAGAAAAAAGAGAAUAUGCUAGACAAAAAAGGGCCAUUCUGUUCAAUGAAUCGAGUGCUGAUUUGCCUGCUUCAAUGCAAUCGCCGACUCCGGUGUAA